AUGGGUUCCAAACUCGAGAGUUCAAUGGAGGGGCUAAUUCAAGUGUUCCACUCAUACUCCGCAAAAGAAGGGGACAAGUACAAGCUGAGCAAAGUUGAGCUGAAGAGUCUGUUGCAGGGUGAACUGAGUGACUUCCUGGCGGCAUGCAAGGACCCUAUGGUAGUAGAGAAGAUCAUGAAUGAUCUGGAUGAAAACCAAGAUGGCGAAGUGGACUUUCAGGAGUAUGUCGUCUUGGUUGCUGCGCUGACGGUGGCCUGUAACGAGUUCUUUGUAGAGCCUGAAUGAGUUUGGAAACCGUCUGUGACCUCACCUUUCUACUCAUUAUUCCUUGUUAAUAAAACAAAUGUAUGCUUGAAUUUGAUUGUCAAAAAAUAUAAAAGAAGGUAUUUCACAGG